UGCUCACUGACGCGCCGUUCAGAGCUGGCUGGUUGGCCGUUGUUGCUUGCUUGGCCUUCUUUGCUUGUUGUUGUUGUUGUGGGUUGACAGUUAUUGCUGCGCUCCGCACCCAAGGCACACACACACACACACCUCUUCGUCUCCUCCACUGUUUCUUUCAUCGUCGUGAGUGCUGCCCCCUCUUGUUUGUGUCUCUUGUCUCUUGUCUAUUUCCUCCCUCUUCUUCCGUCUUUGUUUCGUUUCACACAUGUCGCGUAGCAGUUUUCGGUCGCGUGUGCGACCAACGGGCAUGGAUCCCGAUCUGUCUGCGUUUCACGCAUCCACGCGCCAAGGCGCCGCUCGUGGCAAGGGCACCGCAUCCACGGCCCACUCACCGUCCUCUGCCUACCAGCGCCACUGGAGCGAGCCUGCAGGUAGCAGGCGUGGCGGGUCUGCGUCGUCUUUCUCCUCCACAUCGGGCCGAGGCGGCCGAAGCACACUGGCCAGCGACUCCCGCUUGGACAGCGAUGCAUACGGCACAACCCGGCGUGCAUGGGAAGAGGGCCGCGGCAGCAGUCAUGGCAGUGUUGGUGGCGGUAAGCGGGACAUGGCAGCUGGAGAAUACACCAGCACGUUUAUCACCAGCAAAGGCGCCACCGCGCCCGAGCCCUCGUCGGCGCAUCGCAGCGAUGCGCUGCGGCUGCUCGAGCAAAUGACGUCGACCGUGCGGGAGCGCAUGGCAAAGGCAGACGAGACCAACCGCGCCAUUCGCGCCGCUCGCGAGAGCCUGGACUCCGAGGCAGUCAUGGCGCGCGCACGCGCCGAAGCAGAGGCAUGGACACACGGCAAGAGCAAGCUCGCAUCCCUCAAAGCAGCACAACACAUGAGCCCACUCGGGGUGCGCGCCGUGCUUGCUGAACGCGACGAGCUCCGCUACCAGCUCAGGAAAGCCGCCCAAGAGCUGGCCAAGGUUGAGAGCAACGGAGCGCUCGGCCACGAUAUGGCGAGCGUGUGCCAGCGCGACCUUGAGCGGAUUGCCAGCAUCAAGUCGCAGAUGGCCGUUGAGCUGGACGGGCUGCACUCGCGCGUGCGUAUGUUGGAGGAGAGCGCCACAGAGAAAUCCUCUGGCCGGAGACACCUCGAGCUGCAGGUUUCAACACUGAAGGAGCAGCUUGGCGAGAGCUCAGAGACGGUUCUCAAGCUCAGCGAGCACGUGCGCAACCUUGAGGAGGAGCUGCAGCGGCUGCGGCGGGAGUCUGAGGAGCGCAUGCAGUCUGCACUCAGCGAACAGCGCCGCAGACUCACAGCGCAGGGCGACGAGUCACGGGCGAAUGCGCUGCAGCGGCUGGAGUCUGCGAUGCGCGCGGAGAAGUUGCGGGAGCUGGACGAUUUGCGACAGGAACUCGACUCGCGCUACGCCGACAUUGUCGACCGCAAGCUUGCCGAGCAGCGCCACGCUCUCCUCGCACAGGCAAACCACGAGAAGGUGUCUGAGCUUGAGUCGCUGCAGUCUGAGUUGACGCACCAGCAGGACGCCGAUCUCGAGCGCAUGCGCCGCGACCUCAUUGCAGACAAGGACCGCGCAAUCCAGACGCUGCGGCGCCAGCAUGCAGCAGCAGUGUCGCGGCUUGAGGGCGAGUUGGCGCAGCAGCAGCAGGAGCUGCGCGCCGAGCAGAAGCGCGCUCUUGAUGACCUCCGCCACGACCUCACGAUUGACUUUGACAACGAGAAGCGAGCGAGCCUGAGCCAGCUCCAGGCGAAGCUUGAGGACGAGCACCGUGCGGCGAUGCAGGAGCUGCGGCAACGCAUUGAGACACAAGCCAGCAACCAGGCCGCAGCCAACCUGCAGAGGGAACUCGAACAGCAGCGCAAGAAGCUUCAGAGCCAACACAAGCGGCAGCAGCAGGUGGCGGUGAACAACUUGCGAAAGGAGCUGGAGGACAAGCACAAGCUUGAGGUGAAGCGCAUCAAGGCGAGCGUGACACAGCGCGUGGAGGCCGAGUACGACACGAAGCUGAAGAAGGAGAUUGAGAUGCAGCGGCGCAAGGCGUCGUCCACGGCGUCCCGCACACAGGUGCAGAGCACAGAGCGGCUGUCGGCCGAGCACAAGCGCGACAAGCAAGAAGCGCUCGCCGCCCAGCGGGACAAGCUGGAGAUGAAAUACAAGGCCGAGAUUGAUCAACUGCAAACGCAGUUGCUGGAGGCGCGACAAAUGGCCGACAGAUACAAGAUCCAAUCCCACCAGACUGCAGAGCAACUGUCGCAGCAAGAGCAGAGCAACAAGCGCUCGCGUCAGGCACUGAAGGAGCGCCUGCGUGCUGUUCUCACCACAUUCAAAACAGCCAUGCUCCCACGCGCUGACGCGCUGCCGGAUGUGCACGAGGGGUCGCCGUCGCCAGCCAUGAGCGCCAUCAUGUCGCUCAUCUCGUGCCUGGGUAGCAACGAGUACAGCAGGAUGGACGAGCUGUCCCUUGAGGCGAGCGCCGCGCCCCUGCACACCGUCGACGUGCUGCUGCGCUGCUGCGACGAGCUUACUGAGGGCCUCAACUCCGCCCACCGCGAGCUGCAAGCCAUGCAGCAGAACAUGGUGCGGGAGCGCAAGCUUGUGCGCAAGCAGGUGGAGGAGGAGCUGAAGGACGAGCACGCCGCCGAGCUCAAGGCCCUCCGCGUCGAGAUGACACGUGAGUUUGACCACGAGUUGGAGCAGCGGGUGCAGGCUGCGCGGCAGGUGUACGACCAGGAGCUGAACCGCAACCGCCGCGACAUGCAGCACCAGCUCAGGGAGUACCAGGCACAGACGGCCGCACAGCAGCGGCAGACAAGCUCCGUCCUGCGCGAGAAACUUGAUCGGGAGAAGGAGACGAUGGUGCUGCGGCUGCAGGAUCAUCUUGAGACAACCAAAGUGGACGGGCGCGCCAAGGAUGCUCUGGAGCGCAAGCUGUCCACCUUUGAGAAGGACCUGCGACAGGCCGAGGACGUCAUCUUCCAGCUGCGCUCAGAGAAUGAGAAGCUGCGCACAAAAGUGCACGAGCUGCAGGCCAACCUGCACAAGACGGGCAGUGCUGGUGGCCACAGCAGUGCUGAGGUGCACAAGCUGACCCUUGAGCGGCGGCAGCUCGUCAAGGAGAAGGUGGCCUUGGAACGGCAGGUUGCCUUGCUGCGUCAGCGUGCCUCUGCUUGAGUGAAGUGAUGGCAAGCAAGUGACAAUUGCUCGCGUGUUGUCUGUGUGUCGGGAUUCGGUCGUUUGGGGUUUCGGUUUCUUUGCUUUGCUUUCUUUCCUUUGCUUUGCCUUGUGUGUGUGCGUGUGUGUGUGUGUGCGUGUGUGUGUGUGUGUGUGUGUGU